AGCAGCUCUUGUGUGGCAGUAAAACAGACACUUGGGAUGCAAAGACUUUAAUGGAAUGUUGCAGGCCAGAUCACGGUUAUACACAUGACAGUCGAGCAGUGAAGUAUCUCUUUGAAAUUCUCAGUAGCUUUGACAGUGAGCAGCAAAGACUGUUUCUUCAGUUUGUGACAGGUAGCCCCAGACUGCCUGUAGGAGGCUUUCGAAGUUUGAAUCCUCCAUUGACAAUUGUGCGCAAGACGUUUGAGUCCACAGAGAAUCCAGAUGAUUUCUUACCCUCAGUAAUGACUUGUGUGAACUAUCUCAAAUUGCCGGACUAUUCAACUAUUGAGAUAAUGCGUGAAAAACUCUUGAUAGCUGCAAGAGAAGGGCAGCAGUCAUUCCAUCUUUCCUGAUCAAAAUGAGAAAUGCAAUGUCUGCCUGUUACAGCAAAAGAGAAACUCAUUAUUCUUUUCUAAAUAUAUCACCUGAGUCAAGGAAACGUGUUACGCCUUUUUGUUGUAGAAAAACGGCUUGCAGAUUAUAAACAAAGACACUUGGUUGAUAUUCAUUAAAGGCCCCUAUGGACUUAAAGUGAUCAGGCCCUAAAAGUUGUUGUGACAAGGUUUCUUUAGCAAGUUCUUGUUUAAAUUAUCAUUUAUUUGAGUGAAGUUUUUAACUUGCUUUGCUGUGUGAAAUUUAAAAAGGGAUGUUUUUCCAGGCUGGAACAAUAAAUGUCGCUGUGCAGUUUAA